CGACCCGGAGCAGCGGGCAGCAGCAGCCCAAACGAACGUCUUGCCAGAAUCUCCGACACCGAGUGGCGUAAUGCAGUGCAGAGCAAACACAGCAGAUAAAACGAUAAUGGUAAUUAAACGACACCCCAUAACCCCUCGAACCCCGGGCAAUGGGAGGGCUUUUGGCGUUUGGGCUGGAAGUAUAAAAGGAAGUCACCCGAAAUUGGAUCGCUUCUCUCGACCGUCAGACCCACUCCGGUAUUGGGUAUUCGUAACCAGUCCCCCGGAUUAUAUGUGAACGCUAACACGUGCGUCGGUUGGAAGCGAAAAUCGAGUGACAGCGGUGCUAGGUGCGGUGCCGCCGAGACGACAGAGAUUGUGCAGUGCCGGCACCAGCACCGGUUUGGAAGAUCCGUUCCGGAUGCCGCAUCCAUUGACACCGCCGAGAAUUUACAUCACGUCCGUGGAAGAGCCAGAAGCACACACGGCCAGAAACGGUGGAUCGAGCGUACCGACAGAACCGGACAGCCGUGCGCCCACCACCGUACCAGCGCCGAUUCCGUCGAUUGAUUUGGCCAUGGCACUGAGCAAACGGGAGGCCACCACCGAUGGUGCACUGCCCCUCACCGGCAUGGUGGUGGUGACGGCGGAGACGGCCGACACUGGCGAUUGGCAUCCGGUGCGAACGACCAGUCCAUCCGUUGGCAAUGGUGGCACCAUCUCCGGCAGUCCAACGCCGGGACGGACCGCUGCCUUCGCUCGCAAAUGCCCAUCGCUGGUGCGUAGUUGGCCGACCGCGUCCCAACCGCUCGCGCUGCUGCUGCUGUUCGCGUUCCUGUGGGCGAUCGCGUACGCCAUCCUGCCACCGGAGCUGUCCGAGCCGGCCGGCGGGCUGAUGCGGCUCGCCUUCCUGUUCGUGGGCGCCCAGGCCUGCGGCGUGCUCGUCUCGCUGACCGGCCUGCCCGACAUGCUCGGCAUGCUGUUCUGGGGCGUCCUGUACGCGAACGUUGGCUGGGCCGACUUUGCCGGGUACGAGCGGGUCGAGGUGUUUCUGCGCGAGAUGGCACUCGUCAACAUUAUGCUGCUGGCCGGGCUCGGGCUGGACUACAACGCCCUCCGGUCGCUGUUUCGCUUCAUCAUGCAGCUCACGCUGGUGCCGACGGUGGCCGAGGUUGCGGCCGUGGCCGUACUCUCCCAUUACCUGCUCGCCCUACCGUGGCUGUGGGGCGUUUUGCUCGGCCUGGUCGUUACUGCCAUCUCGCCGAACGUCGUCGUGACGGUGCUGCUGCGCCUGCGGGAGGAACGGCUCGGGCUGAACAAAGGCAUUCACACAUUAAUCAUCGCCAUGACAAGCUGUAAUGAUGUGCUGGCAAUUUUCCUGUUCGGCGUCAUCCUGGGGGUGAUAUUUUCCACCGGCGAUCUUACCAGCCAGAUCCUGCAGGGACCGAUCGGUAUCGUGAUCGGGCUGGUGUACGGCAGCCUGUGCGGGCUUGCCCUGCUGUACCUGCCCUCGUACCAAGCGAAGUACACCAACGGGUUGCGGUUCGCGAUGACGGCCCUCGCCGGUACGCUGUCGGUGGUGGGCAGCAAAAAGGUGGGCUACCCGUCGGCCGGUGCGCUCGGUUGCAUCGUAACCGCGUUCGUGGCCGGUACCGGGUGGCGCAAGCGGCCCCCGACCGAGUGCAACGAGGUGAGCAUGUACCUGGAUCUGCUGUGGAAGUUUCUCAAGCCCGUCUCGUUCUCGCUGAUCGGGAAGGAGGUAAAGUUUUCCGUACUCGAAGGUGAAACCGUCCUGUACGGGUUUGUGACGCUGCUGGUAGCGGUGCUGUUGCGAUUGAUUGCCUCCUACCUGUCGACGGUGGGCAGCGAGCUGAACUGGAAGGAGAAGGCGUACGUCACGCUGGCCGGCUUCCCGAAAGCUACCGUCCAGGCGGCCCUCGGACCGGCCGCCCUCGAUCUUGCCCGCAGCAUGAACGCGACGGACGAGUACGGCCGGGCGCAGACCGUGCUGAUCGUGACGGUGCUGGCGAUCAUACUGACUGCACCGCUCGGCGCACUGCUCAUGAUCAAGCUGGCCCCGCGCUGGCUAAAGCGAUCGACCGACGAGCGGACGGACCAGUACAGCUGACAGGGGGUGGGGUGAAGGUGUAUGGUGUAAAGAUAGUGACUUAAGGUGCUGGUACUGGCUGACCCGUUUUUACUUAACAAUGUGACCCAAUGUUAGGAUUUAGUUUGAUCGACUUAGACUUACGUUGUUACUUAAUUGAUCGUGCAAAGUGUGCGUUGUGCCUUUGUUCGAGCAAGUGUGAAUCUUCAAGACAAUCUUAUAAACUUGCCGUUGA